AUGGCUGUUAAAGGAUUAGGAGAAUUGGAUAGACAAUACGAUGGUUCAAAGUUAAGAAUUGGAAUCCUCCACGCCAGAUGGAACAAAAAGAUAAUUGAUUCAUUAGUCCAAGGUGCAGUCAACAGAUUAAAAGAAUUGGGAGUCAAAGAAGAUAACAUUGUAAUUGAAACCGUACCUGGAUCAUUUGAAUUACCAUAUGGUUCAAAACUUUUCUUUGAACAACAAAAGAAAAAGGGCACUCCAUUGGAUGCAAUUAUCCCAAUUGGUGUUUUGAUUAAAGGAUCAACUAUGCAUUUCGAAUAUAUUUGUGAUUCAACUACUAAUCAAUUGAUGAAGUUGAAUUUUGAAUUGGGAAUUCCUGUCAUUUUUGGUGUCUUGACUUGUUUGACUGAAGAACAAGCGGAAGCUAGAGCAGGAUUGAUUCCUGGUAAGAUGCACAAUCACGGGGAGGAUUGGGGCGCUGCUGCUGUUGAAAUGGCAACUAAAUUUAACUAA